AUGCAAAGCAUUUUUAAUCGAUGGCCAGGCACACGUGACGCUGCUCCGCAAGUGUUCGUCGGCGUCGACCUUCUCCGCCCCGCUUAUACAGUCAGGUUCCGCUCUUCCAACAUUCAUCACUCGCACCAGCAGCGACGGCGACAUCUUCAGCAUCGCCAGCAUCGCGCCCACGCUCCUUCUUCCGACGGUAAUCAACUCUGUUUGCGUCGAGUGCCUCUUUUCGCGUCUUCAUCUCACUCCCCUGCUCCGGAGCAGCAGUCCGACGCUGGCGCCAUGGUGUACAUCAAAGACUGGCCCGAGUUCCAGCAGCGCAGCAUCAAGCUGUACCGGCAGAACCCGCACAAGGCGCGCUACCUCGUCAAGUCGCGCGCAUCCACGUGCAGCCUCACGCUCAAGGUGACCGACGACACCACCACGCUCAAGUACCGCACGCGCUCGUCGGCGAUCCUGGGCAGGCUGGAGAUCUUCAACAAGGCCAUGAUGCUCGCCAUGGCAGGCUCGGAGCAGCCGCUGCAAGAGGCGAAUCCGGAACCGCAACCUGCACCCGCCGCAGCAGCACCAUCACAACCCACAGCAGCAGCAUCCGCUACCAACGCAGUAUCCAAUGGACCCACCUCCGCAACGUCACAACCAGCCGCAGCAUCCGAUAAGAAGAAGAAAAAGAAGAAGGGCAAGAAGUAA